AUGUCGUUCGAGCGACGGUUGCGUCGGUUCUUCGACGACCGAGAUCGGAAGCAAAUCCGGCAACACCAGCGGCGCAGCUUUAUCGGCGACUUUUUCGUGAGUGAGAGCACGGCCUACUCGAACCUCCGCUUCAUCACCAACUCAAUCUUUGGGCUUGUCGUCUCGAUUUUGGCCUACUACCUCGUUUGGGAGAAGAUCAACUUUGCCAAUUUCCAUCCGGUCCUUUCGCGGCUCUUCCAGGGAUUCAUGAUUUUCGGGAACGCGUUCGUGUUUGCGAAGAGUCAGCGCUAUCGCUGCGGAUUGGCCAUUUUCCUGCUGGGCGUCUUCGGAACCAGCGGCCAAAACCUAAUUAUGGUCUUCGUCAUGGACAACGCCCGCGAAGGGCCCAUCGACAAUAUUUUUGAUAAUUUCCGAAUCGCGACGGAGAACAUCGUCUGCAGCGUGAAGAUAUCGAAUGAGCUAGCCACCACCCGAGGGAAGGUGAUGAUCGGCCCGAUGCGCGAGGUGCUCGAGCGUGAAUUCUCCCGGCUACUCCGCUGGAAGGGCAAAUUCCAGCAGUGGAGCUGUGGAGGGGAGUGUGGAGAGGUACCGGAGAAUAAGGAGGAGAGCGAGGAGGAGAAGCAGAAUCGGCAGAUCGACCAGGCCGCAUUGGACCUCGCCCAGCGCGCCAAGCUCACCAACUCGGACGACGGCUACGUCAAGUUCGUGCGCAACAUCGGGGAGAAGAUGCAGGAGCAGUGCUCCCGCAUCUUCGACAAGGGCACCCUGCUCUGCCACAAGGCGCUGGCGUCCCUGAAGGAAAACUGCCGGGGAUCAGCGCCGUUUCUGCUCACCGGGCUUGUUUGCAAGCCGCUGGACGCCCUGGAGUUGUGUGAGGACGACAAACGAAAAGAGGAGGGGUACAAUCUCUGCAACGAGGCCCUCAGCAACGACAUGCCCGACGGCGAAACCAUCGAUAUGCGCAACAUCAGCAAGCAGGUCUCCGCCGAGCUGGAGACGAAGCUGCGAAUCGCGACCGUCGAGGCGCCGCGCAUGUCGAGCACGCUGCACAUCAAGUCGCUGCAGGCCAGCGUGAAACGCCUCAUCCGGGUGGCCAAGGAGCUGGUCGUCGCGAUGGGCAAGAUGCUGACCGCGCUCCUGAUCUUUGUCGUCUACUUGACGUUCAAGCGCGGCUUCCGGAUGGUGGAUGCCUACGAGCGUGACUUUGAAUACGAGAAUCGCACGAUUACGAGCGACUUUUGGAAGAUCGACCGCGCGCGCGAGGCGAAACGCGAGCCCUGCCUGCAGACGCUCACCCAGCUCGAGAUGAAGCAGUUGGGCGUGACAGAAAAGUGGCUCAGAUGCCCAAAAUUCGCCGAGCUGCGCCAGAUGUGGCUGCCACUCUCCAAGUUCACCAUCUUCUUCGUGUUCAUCGCUGCCAUCUUUGCCAUCGACCACUUGCUGUUCCGGGUUAUGGGAGCGAUCACAGGCCAAGGGAUGUUCCCCAAGCUGCUCAACAACCUCUUCAAGGCCAAGAACAGCACCCAGAAGAGUGUCUACAUGCUUGAGGAUUGUCUGGUCCCUCCAAAAGCCCCCGACUACGAGCGCGCCGUCGUCACCGUAUUCCUGCCGCUGGCUUUUAUGCUAAUUUGCCAGGUCAUCCUCUCCUUUCUCCCGAAGAAGCUGACCAUCGCCUACGUGUUGCCGUUCUUUUUCCCGAGGAAAACGAGGGCUCGCCUGAUUAUGCUCUACAAUAAGUGCCUGAUCCAUCGUCUGAUGGGUCGUAUCGAAGCACGACGUCGGAUUCGCUUCUACGUCAAGUGGCGUAAGGAAAACGAAGCCGAUUCUGAUGACGACGGUGAUGUUACCUGUCUAAAUCGCCGUGCCCCCCUCCGCCGCAAGAUCAUCGAGAACCUCUUCGCGUUGCAUGAAUGUUUGUUGUGCAUGACACACCUACGGACUCGGAACACGCGCUACUGCAGCGAGUGCGAGGCCACGUUUUGCCGCCCGUGCAUGGCCGAGAUGCAUAAUGUCUGCUAUGCAUGUCAGGCCGAGAAGGGUCUCGUCAACUCCACGUACACGAACGUGCCUGAAUAUUUGCAGCCUCCUCCGACCUCGUCGAGCCCG